UAUUGAGAGUAAACACGAAGUCACGAUCUUAGGAGGACUCAAUGAAUUUGUUGUGAAGUUCUAUGGACCACAAGGAACACCAUAUGAAGGUGGAGUAUGGAAAGUUAGAGUCGACCUUCCUGAUAAAUACCCUUUCAAAUCCCCGUCUAUAGGAUUCAUGAAUAAAAUUUUCCAUCCCAACAUUGACGAAGCGUCAGGAACUGUAUGUCUAGAUGUAAUCAAUCAGACUUGGACAGCUCUCUACGAUCUUACCAAUAUAUUUGAAUCGUUCCUGCCCCAGCUGCUGGCCUAUCCUAACCCUAUAGAUCCUCUAAAUGGUGACGCUGCAGCCAUGUACCUCCACCGACCAGAAGAGUACAAACAGAAAAUUAAAGAAUACAUUCAGAAAUAUGCAACAGAAGAAGCACUAAAAGAACAGGAAGAAGGCACCGGGGACAGCUCGUCUGAGAGCUCCAUGUCCGACUUCUCGGAAGAUGAGGCUCAGGAUAUGGAAUUGUAGUAGAAGAGGCAACCUGCUUUUCAGAGAGACUCUAAUUUCCUAACCAUGAGAAGCAGACUAUAAUAUUCAUAUUUAAACAAAGCAAUUUUUUUUAUUACUAAACAAGGUUUUUAUGAAUAAUAGCAUUGAGAUAUAUAUAUCACCCUUUAGAUCUUGAUUUUCUUGGUCAUUUCUCGAACCCGAGGUGCAUAGCAUAUUCCCACAUUCCAUUUUGGUAGCAAUAUGCAGCCCGAAUGCAUGCAUUCAAAUUCCAUUUGGCCAAGUCAACUUGUGUGCUACUGAACUGUCAGCUAAAACAGCUGCCCUGGUAGGUAGGGAGUUAGCAAAGAUGUUUGCUUUCUUAUCGAUGUUUCCAAAGACACCACCUUGGAUGCUAACGUGGAACAGCGUUUUCUCAAAGUAUAAAAUCUGGGGGAUAAUAUACUAACCGUGUAGAUCAGACAGUGGAAUAAAAGGUGCUCCUUCAGGUCAACCUUGCUGAUCGUAUCUUACGUGGAGUCACAUUUAAAAAGGAAAAGUAAAAUAAAAACAAACAAUACAAAUGCAUGGAGCUAUUCAGAGCAUUGAAGCUUAAAAAUUUUGACUUGGAUUUUAAGUCCAUUUUUAUAUGUGGACUCCUGCCUGCCCUUCUGAACUGUAGGGACUGACAACCACUGAUCUAUUUGCUUUUGGGACUUUUGAAAGCCUUCAUCUGGAUGUUACUCACUUUCUUGGUCUGGAUUACGAGCUGUUCCCUUUUUGGGAGGAAAAAAAAAAAAAA